AUGCAACAAGAACUUGACUUCAAUAAGGAAUUAUUACAAUUUACAGAACAACAACAACAACUUGAAGAAGACCACCCUCAUUCCUGUUGUGUUGAAAAUUCUUCCACUUCCUCUACUUCAUCCACAACAAGCAGUAGUAGUGGAAGCAACCAAAGCACUACCGAAAAGAACUCUUCUCUUCAACACCACCAACAGCAUCAUCACCAGCAACAAGAUGCACCAGCUCAUCACCAUCCUUCCACCAUUCCAUGUAAAUAUUUCAUGAAUGGUUUCUGUAAGAAUGGAGAUCAGUGUUCCUUCUAUCAUCCGACCUCCCCUCAAUCCUUUAUGUUUUUCUAUCAUCAAAUGAUUUUGAAUUCUCAGAAACAACAACAGCAAACUCAACAACAAGUCCAUCCAGUAAUUUAUGUGAGCUAUCCAAUGGUCAUGCCAACAAUGAUGCAACCUCCUAAUUCAAGUAAUAUUACGAAUUCUGUGUAUUACUGUGGCCCACCAGCAGCAUCUUCAUGGACAGCAGCACAACCACAACAGCAACAACAGCAACAACCUUACUUUUUCAGUACCACACAUUCAUCAUCUCCAUCCAGGAAUGCAACAACUCGCACUACGAACUCCCAACAAGUAUCAUCUCCUUCUCUCAGAAUCACUCAUUCGCAACGAAAUAACAAUCCUUCUCAACCUUACGGAAAAGGUAUCGCACCUGGUCAUGCCAACGUUUCCAUGUAUAGUGAAAUAUUUGAAGAUGGCGAGGAUGAACCUUCGUUUUAUCAACCCAAAGUGUGCACCUUUUAUGUGAGUGGAAAAGGAUGUAAAUAUGGCUAUCAUUGCAAAUUCUUUCAUCCUUUAACGAGUAAAAGUGUCGUUAAUACACACUCGAAUGUUGGCCAGCAACUGUCAUCCUCUUCAACAGUGACCUCUCAUCAUCACCAUUCUCAACAACGAUUGCCCUCUCAACAACAUUCUAAUCAUGGCCACAAGUUACACCAUCACUCAACACCGUAUUCAUACUCUAACAAUUGUUCUUCGUUGCAUGCUUAA